CUCGGCGGCGCGAUGCGGCGGCGGCCGCGGCUGGCGCUGGGCCUGGCCCUGGUCCUGGCGGCGCUGGGCUCGGCGUACGGGCAGCACCGCGCCGAUUAUGACCGGGAGGCGCUGCUCGGAGGGCAGGAGGAGGCGGAGGAGUACGCGCGGCUCAGCCCGGAAGAGCAGCAGCGGCGGCUGAAGGCCAUCGUGCGGAGGAUCGACGCGGACAACGACGGCCUCCUCAGCAAGGAUGAGCUGAGCUCCUGGAUACAGCAGUCAUUCAAACACUAUGUUACACAAGAAGCUAAGCAGCACUUCCACGACUAUGACAAAAAUGGUGAUGGAUUGGUGUCUUGGAAGGAGUACAACUUACAAAUGUACGAUCGUGUAAUUGAUUUUGAUGAGAACACUGUCCUGGAGGAUCAAGAAGAAGAAUCAUUUCGGCAGCUUCAUUUAAAGGAGAAGAAGCGUUUUGAAAAAGCUAAUAGGGAUGAUGAUCCUGAUCUAAAUGUGGAUGAAUUUAUUGCCUUUGAACAUCCCGAAGAAGUGGAGUAUAUGACGGACUUUGUCAUUGAGGAGGCUUUAGAAGAACAUGAUAAAGAUGGUGAUGGAUUUGUGAGCCUGGAAGAAUUCCUUGGUGAUUACAGAAGAGACCCAACUGCCAAGGAAGAUCCAGAAUGGAUACUUGUUGAGAAGGAUCGAUUUGUGAAUGACUAUGACAAGGAUAAUGAUGGGAAACUCAACCCUCAAGAGCUGUUGUCCUGGAUAGUACCUAAUAACCAGGGUAUUGCACAAGAGGAGGCUCUUCACCUGAUUGAAGAGAUGGAUCUGAAUGAUGAUAAAAAGCUUUCUGAGGCAGAAGUUCUUAAGAACCAGGAUUUGUUUCUUAACAGCGAAGCCACGGAUUAUGGCAGGCAGCUUCACGAUGAACGUUUCUACCACGAAGAACUUUAGAUUAUUUAUUUUGUAAUCUGUUUUUCUUCCCUUCCUUUCAUUGGGAGCCUUUGUUAAAUGCACUCACUUUUCAGCUUUGUUGCAAGUUUUACGCUGUAAUUACAAUAGAAUAACGUUUGUGUAAAUACUUGGCAUUCAAAAUUAAAUUGCCCUCCUGCAGACUUCCUUAGGCCUCUUCUCGCCUUCCAAAUUAAUCUUAAAUACCUACUCCAAAAUUACAUAGCAAUGGGAAAGGAAUUAGUUAAGGUACAGUACUGUAUUGUGCAGGGCUGUGUGACUGUACUUCAAAUAAAUGGAUAAUCUAAACGGUUGUGAAGGAAUUCAAAACAGAAAAUGAGACUACUAUUUUUUCUAAUCAGUUUAAUUAGGGAGGAGAGCGGAGGAGAUGGAGGGAAGGUGUUUAGAGUGAGUAUCAACUGUGUUUUAUUUAAUACGUUUGGAGAAACACUUAGGUUAAAUGCCUCAAUUGUUUAAGAGGUUUCUACUUAAUGUUAAAUGGUUCCUAUAAUGUGUUUUACUGUAUUACGGAAAGAAAAACCUGCUAUUUUUACAUCUACAGACAAUAAUUGUUUUUAUGUACAAUUCUACAACACUGGCAGUACGAUGGUAUUUUACAUUGUCAAGACCUUCUUCAUUUGUUGGAUUAAAACCAAAAUAAAUUCCA